AUGUUGGGAGUGGGAUUCCUUUUCGCGUUCGCUGUGCUGUCUGCGAUUUGCAGCGGAUAUACCUCGGCUUACGGCAGUGCAGCAUCUAGCAGCCACUCUCCGCAGGAUGUGGCAGGCCGUUUUGUACCGGGUAACGACAUCAGGCAGGAGAUUGGCCAGCAAGAAACAAACGUUAAAUCGGGUGGAUUGGGUGAACCGCAUAUGAAUUCGAAGGAGCGUGUUGUAGAAAGAUCCAGAAAGCGUUAUAGGCGCGGGUUGUCUAAUUCGAGAUCCUUAGACUCACUAUCAAAUUCUGAAAGGCGUGGUAAUAAUCGCCAUUCCUAUAUGUCUGGUGUAGGGAAGGACUACAUUAUCGCACUGGAACUUAUGUCACGUCUUUCCAACACGUCAUGGAAUAAAAAACUUUCUGCUUUUGUAAAACAGUUGGUUCAGGCUCUUUCAAAGCUUAACGGGAAAAAUCGCCUAUCACUAGUUACAUUCAAUAGCACAAGCGAAAUAUGGCUAGACAGGGGGUUUAUUAACAAUGAAACCGUAAGGUCUGUGGGAAAAAGGAUUGACAAAAUGUUUGAAUCCAUGACAUUAGUUGAGGAGGCCAAACCGGGGGAAGCCUUGGAAUUUCUUCGUCAAUCGGUAUACAACAAUGGUGACAAAUACCUACUAAAUGAUAAGACAACAAAUUUAGAUCUCAACUCUGCUGCAGGAAAGGACACCGUGGUGUUUAUCAUUACAAGUGGUGCUGCAGGUGACAAAGAACUAGCAAUGCAGGAAGCUUUCGACGCACGUCGCAACGGUGUUACGCUCCUUGUAAUUGAGAUUGGAAUAAGAUCGGAGAAGUUCUGGGCUUCUAUUGUAGGUUGCAGACAGCAUUUCGGCUGCCCGCAGUACAUUACGACCCACAGGAAAGAUCUUAUGAGUAAGGUCGAACAAGUUAUGAAGCAAGUAAGGUCACACCGCAGAAAGGAUGCCAUAUGCCACGAGGAAUGGUCGGAGUAUUCUGCUUGCAGUGAGCCAUGUGGCACUGGAAUUAAAACAUCAACGCUGAUUAGUUUUAAAACACUACUUUCUCCUAGCAAUGGCAAGGGAGAAAUCAUAGGACGUACAUGUGAGAAACAAUUGCAGAACGUAAAAGUCAGACAAAUGUUGUGUAAUAUGCAGCCAUGCAGAGGUAGCCGUUCUGUUGGACUUAACCAUGGUAUUGGUGGUUUUAUUCAGACUACCUCAGGCAACAUGGGAAAUGGCAAUACGUCUCCGUUGGUGAAUAAGUAUCCAUCCUUAAUCGAUAUGGAUGCUGAAACAAUGGAUGAAGAAGACGACGAUGAUUUGGACGAUUUAGAGGAAGAUGAGGAGGACGACGAUCAUGACCAGCAAGGACUGAAUGAUGACGAUGAUGAGCAACUACUGCACGACUACCUAACUAACGGUACGUAUGACGAUGACUUAUAUGGUGACAAAACAGGUGAUUAUUUUGAUGAUUUGCUGACCGAAGAUACGCAUGAUAAAAUGCCAAAGGAGUUGCCUGCAAAUGCGCACAAAGAAAUGCACACCCAGGAGUUUGAGUUGGAGCGGGAUGACGAAAUGGAAGAGCAAGCGGCUGACAAAUCUAUCCCUGUUGAGAAUUUUAAAGUCAAAUCAGAGUGGUAUGAGCCGGGCGUGCGGGGUGUUCCCAUUAAACCAUUGGAAACGAAAAAAGAAGUUGACCUCAAGAAGAUGAGGAUUGCAAACAUACGCAAGAAUACACUUCCGCCUUCACACAUCCCUAGGUUGUACGAUGACGACAAGGGUAUAGAUGAUAUGCUUCGGUAUGCACCUGAUGUAAACCGUAGAAUUGGCAACUGCAAGUGGUUAGGGAAGGAUUACGUUGUUGCGUUGGAUGAUAGCGCAAAACUUAAGGACGUGGGGGAUUACGAAAAAGUCCGUUCGUUUGUGAAGAUGCUUGCGUACUCACUGUCCGCAACGGUGGGUACAAACACCCUGUCGCUGGUGAGCUACGACAAAACCGCAAGGGAAGUGUUGGGUAGGACCAUCAUUGAUAAGGACAACAUCAGGUCCGUGGCGGUAAAGAUUGACGAAAUGUUCGACACUAAGAACAGCGCUGAGGAAGCCAAUCCUGGAGCAGCUCUGAAGUUCCUGCGUGAGAAGGUGUACGAAGACCGUGAGAAAUACUUAGUUGAUGACAAAACAAGCGAAAUGCGUUUAGUUGACGCGCCUGGCGUUAACACGGUCGUGUUCCUGAUCACAACGGGAAAAGUGGCCGACGAAGUGUUGGCUAGCAAUGAGGCAUUCAACGCACGCCGCAAUGGUGUUACGCUGUUUGUUGUGGAGAUCGGCAAGGAAUCAGAAAAGUUCUGGCCUGCUGCCAUGGGAUGUCGCUACUACUACGUUUGCCCUAAGUACAUCACGACCAGCGCGUCGAACAUCAUGGGCAGAAUUGAGUAUGUAAUAAAAAGCGUAUGUAGUCGCGAUGGUAGGGAUGCUGUGUGCCUUGAGGCUUGGUCUGAUUACACACCUUGCAGUGUGCCAUGCGGAUCGGGUGUACAAACUGCUAAUCUUCUUGGUUUCACUCAGUUGCUGGGCCCCAGCAAUGGCGAGGGCGAAGGCAAAGGUCGUUCAUGUAAAGACCUGUUGAAAAAUGUGAAGGUUAAGCAGGUGUUGUGUAACACCCAGCGUUGCGGCACGGACGGAUCUCCGAUUGCUGCCGUGGGAGGUGUGGAUUCAGUUGGCCAUGCUUCUACUGAGCUGCCGAAAGACGGCGUAAGCGGUGUUCGGACUGAUGAGGCGGAGAAUGUUAUGCCGGGUACUCGCAAUAAUGAAGUAGCAGUUGCCGAUGCAGGCAACAGUGCGAACGUGGAAUCUCAGAAUUCUGACUCCCUUGCAUCUCAUGGAUCAUCUGCCACUGAGCCGAGGGAAGUUGCAAUAACGGAAUCAGAUUUGCCUAAAGAGGGCGAUGACUUGACUGUUCAUCGCGAGACUGAGGGUAGUGUAUCUACGCGUUCCGAAGCUGACUUGUCUGAGCAGAAGGGGGAGCGCACCCCUCACUCUGAGUCGACUGUCGUAGGCGUACAUGAGCACAAUGUCCGUGAAGGCCUAGGAGGCCAGGGUGACGAGGAGUCAACGCCAGGCAGCUUGGACGUCGGUGUUACGCAAGCCGGAGGCGACAGUGAGAGGGAGGUGUCAUCGGGUACUACCCACGAGCAUCAGCAGAUGGAGAACCAGGCUUUAGUUCCUGACACCAUUACUUCAGUGUUGCCAACUACCGAGAGCGAGUCUGCUAGGAACCCGGAGGAAGAACCUGCAUCGCAGGAAACUGAGCUAACUGAGCAACUGCAGUCGGAGCAGCUUGAAAAUGGCACCACUGGCGACGAAUCCAUAACUACUGAAUUACACACUACUGGCAGUUCCACUAAUACCAUUGAGGGUGGUUUAACUAGUGGUCAGGGCAGUGAGGAUUCGGGUAGUCAUGCUAAUGUGGGCGAUCACACUCAGAUUGAUGAGAACAAAGGGCUGUCUGAUGCGCAUCAUCUCGGCACUGAUAACACGAGGCCAUCCGGAAGCGUACCAACUUAUGAAAUUGAAAGUGGUACGAGCACUGCCCACCAUGAGCGUAUUUCAGAGCAUCAAGAAGCUGAGCGAGAGCCCGCAAGCGUACAUGUUAAGGCGCCUGGACACACGAGUACCGGCGAAAACCAGCCUGAGAACCAAUCACGUGAGCACACGACGGGUGGGCGCCGAGGUGAGGACAGGGAUUCGAAUGGUACUGGCAGCGUUAUCAUGGUGAGUGCCGCUGCAAGCGGUAUUCUGGUAUUAGUAGCAGCCGCUGUCUUCCGCCGCUAUGCGUCGGAUAUGAAUGAUGAUGUGGUUGAUGAGGAUAACGAGUUUUUGAGCGGCGAAAGUGGCGGCAAAACCGAGGAAGCAGAAACUUACAGACUGGCUGACGCCAGCGACAAUGUCUGGAUGUGA